AUGCACGAAUGGAUGUACGUUCCCACCAAGCAAAACGUAGCCGACGAUGGAACCAAAUGGCAAGGGCUGCCAGACCUGACUUCUCAGUCUCGGUGGUUCAUUGGACCCUACUUCCUGUAUUGCUCAGAAGAGGAUUGGCCCCGAUCGCCACAGAGCAGUCAUACUGCCGAGCUAGAACUCCAUCCGAGUGUAAUGUCUCAUUUUAUUGCACCGACUUCUGUGAUUUGCGUCGACGAAUACUCAUGUUGGGAUCGGAUUGUCAAGGUCGUUGCUUUGCUCCACCGCUUUCCAAGCAACUGCAAACUGAAACUUCUGAAGAAACCAACAAUAGUCGGUCCCGUUUCAAGCCAAGAAAUCAAGGUUGCUGAAUCAUAUCUCUUUCGUCAAGCUCAACAAGAAACAUUUCCGGACGAAGUAGCACAUCUCAGAAGAUUUCAGGAUACCAGUGAAUCAUCUGUAACAGCAGUUCCCAAAUCGAGUCCACUUCACCAGAAAUCUCCAUGGUUAGACCACUACGGGGUAAUGAGAAUGCGUGGCCGAAUCGCUGCUUGCGACUACGCAACCGAUGACGCAAAAUAUCCAAUAAUACUUCCCCGUGACCACCAUACCACACGAUUGAUUGUUGCACACUACCACCACAAGCUCCACCAUCAGAACCACGAAACCGUGAUCAACGAAAUUCGCCAAAAAUUUAGCAUUCCGCAACUUCGUUCGACGUAUACUAAAGUGAGAAACAACUGUCAACGCUGCAAAAAUGACCGUGCCGUUCCACGUGCACCAAUAAUGGCCGACCUACCCUUAGCACGCCUGGAUGCAUUCACUCGCCCAUUCACGCAUGUUGGUGUCGACUUCUUCGGGCCAUACGAAGUCGUCGUCGGCCGUCGAAUAGAAAAGCGCUGGGGGUUACUGGCCACUUGUCUCACGAUUCGAGCAAUCCACAUCGAGGUUGUGCACUCCCUCAGCACAAACUCUAUCAUGGCUCUACGCAAUUUCAUUUCACGGAGAGGUAAGCCGCAAACCUUCUACAGUGACCGCGGCACUAAUUUCGUCGGUGCGAAUCGGGUACUUGAGGAAAUAGAUAGUAUCAUUAAAGAAGAGGAGCUGAUGAAAGAGUUCGUGGACACCGAUACUAGUUGGACGUUCCUGCCGCCAGCAUCACCGCACAUGGGCGGUAGCUGGGAACGCUUAAUCGGUAGCGUAAAAAAGAACUUGAUGGCAAUUCUGCCAGCUAGGAAGCUGACGGACGAAGUUUUGCGUAACCUUCUAACAGAAAUCGAAAGUACUGUCAACUCGAGACCGUUAACACAUGUUCCUGUGGACGACGAUUCAGCCCCCGCCUUGACCCCGAACCACUUCCUGUUGGGGUCAACCAAUGGGUCCAAGCCGUUGAGUAAUGCUGAUGACAGUGGUAGUGUCCUUCGUCAGACCUGGUUGCUUUCCCAGGUCCAAGCCAACCGGUUCUGGAAACGGUGGGUUACAGAUUACCUUCCAGAGAUAACCCGCCGCACAAAAUGGUUCGUGCACACCAAACCGAUAGAGAUGAACGACAUAGUGGUGAUAGUUGACCCUAAGUCUCCACGAAACUGCUGGCCCAGGGGCAGAAUUAUCAACAUCCAUCUCGGAAAGGAUGGCCAACCGAGAUCAGCCACGGUGAGGACUACAUCCGGAAUCUAUGAGCGACCAACAACCAAGUUGGCCGUGUUAGAUGUACGGCGCGAAACUAAGUAA